UUUUAUAGUUACCUUUUCCUGAUACCUGGAUAUCACACCUGUGCACAAUCGUCUGAUGAUCUAGCGGCGACCAAACACAAAGACAAGAAUGCAGACCGCCACCGUUACUCUCCUGGUCAUUACCGCAGUCCUCUGGAGCAACACUGAAGCUUUUUCAGACACAGCUGUGGACUGCUGUCUAACCACCAAGGACACUCGUAUUCCAAUACAGAUUGUUGCAUCCUACUUUCACCAAACCACAGAGAGUGGUUGUGCCAUUCCAGCUACUGUAUUUAUCACAAAAAAGGACAAGAAACUGUGUGCUCCACCAGAGAAAAAUGGCUGGAUUACCAAGAUCAUCACACACUUAGACAAGAAGAAAACAUCUCAGUAGGAACACAGAAAAAAAAAAUGCCCCUCUUCAAAUUCUUUGUUCUGCUCUCGUUAGUUCUGUGACAUCUCACAGACAUCUUCAAAGCUAAAUCAGACAUUUAGCAGAAGUUGUGCGGUUUUUCUUCCUUUAAACCAUUUUCUAGUGCCUGAUAACAAAAAAACUAUUCUGGUUUCACUUUCCUGCUUCACAAAUAGGAGCUGAGGAUGAUAACCUUGUAACUGCACUGAGCAGCACUGGACAGACAGGUGCCACAGUGGUUUUUAAACGUUAUUUACAAAGUGUUUAGGAAUGCAUGGUGGUCAGACUUUAUAAAUGAUUAAAAGCAGAUAUGCUUUUUGUUUUUCACUGCAUUGUUUUACUGUAGAAAUUAUGAGUCUCAUACAUUUGCAUGAAUUAUCCUGUAAGCGUUGUCUGUAUUUUUAGAAGUUCUAUUAAUGUAUGUAGCAUACCUUGUGUGACUGGAAUUUUUCUGAGAAUGACUUUUAAAUAAAUUCAUUUUGUUAAA